AUGUCGAUAGAUGACUUUGAAGCGGAAUGGGAUGAAGCAGCGGAUGAAUACGAGUUACAUGAUAAGUUGUGGGCAAUGCAGAUGUACGAAAAGAGAAAGAUGUGGACGAAUGCAUACCUUGGCAACAAGUUCUGUGCUGGGUUUCGUACCACAUCGCGAUGCGAGGGUAUAAAUUCCCAUGUGAAGAAAUUCCUUAGCUCGAAGCACACUAUACUGGAGCUUGUGCAAAACCUUGAGCUAGUCCUUCGUGAAUAUCAAAAUAAUGAGAUGGUUGCACAGUUCAACUCCAUCUAUAACGUCCCUGUUAUGACGACGUGCCUUGAUCCAAUCGAAAAAUGUGCUGCCAUGGUAUAUACGCGGACCAUUUUCACCAACGUGAAAAAGGAGAUAGAUGCGGUUGGAGGUCUAAACUUUGUUAGUAAGCGGAGGGUGUCGACGACGGUAGUGUAA